AUGGAGCAGUCACCAGCCAGCUCUUGUGCCAAUUGUGCGUCUGCCGCACUGCCUGCUGUGACCUCUACCCAUGCUAGGGUCGCCGGUAAUCCUGGUGAAGACAAUGAAGAAAAUGAAGAGGAUGGCUCCGACGACGGGAUCGACUAUAGCGAUGAAGACGACGAAGACGACGAAGACGAUGAAUAUGAUGAUCCUCGCUCCGUGUUUAAACCGGUUUCUUUUCUUAGAAGCGACCCAUUUCCUCAUUUGAGACUCUCCAUCGACGGCUCGCCAGUCGCUCUAGUUGAUACAGGCGAUUUCGACGAAGAUACAGAUCCCAAAGAUCUCACCAUGACCCAUGCCGUCUCCACCAUCCUCUGGAACUGGCAUCCAAAUGCUCUUCGCGCCUUCCUCGACCAACGCAAAUACUCAGCAUUUGAAUUCGCCAUUGUUGAGGACCGCAUUGGAGACAGGAAGAGAAUCACUCAUAUGAUUACCCGCCACGAUCGCGCCAUUCUCAUCGGAGAUUACAAUAGCGACAUGGAGUGGAACGUUCAGAUCAGCUGUGGCAUUCUUGAAGAUGGACAUUGGAAGCUACUUUAUGGUUCUUUGGGCGAUACAGGAAUUGGUUCUGCCAAAUUGGAAAUUGUUGAAUCGAUAAGUCGAAUGUCGGCUAGGGAUCAGAUGAUAUGGAAGCGAUGGAAGCCCCGAGAGGAUCGCAAGAUCGAACUGACUGUGGGUGGUGGCAUUGUUGAUCCUGCUUCGCUGUAUUGA